AUGCAUGCAAGAGUGCGUGAGCGAGUUCAUAUCGUUCAUCACCAGCGAAGCUUCGGAGAAGUGUCAGGGAGAGAAACGCAAGACUGUCAAUGGGGAGGAUAUCCUCUUUGCCAUGACAUCGCUCGGAUUCGAAAACUACGCCGAAGCCUUGAAGAUCUACCUCACGAAAUACCGGGAAACCCAAACUGCCAGGGGCGAAAACCAGAACCGACCAUCCAGCAGCGGAUAUGGCUCCGGUGGCCCAGUUGGCGGUCCCGCUCCAGUACCCGCAGGCAUGGCCGGAACAGCACCAGCUCAACAACCACCAGCGGGCUUCACAGUCCCUCCACCCCCCGAGGCUUCCAACAACCUUCUGA